GCUUGGAGGGGGGGCCAAUCGGCCAGCUAUGGCAACGACAAUACCCCGAACCCUGUGCCUGAAUCAAAACCCCCACCAUACCCCGACGCUGUUGAUCCACCUCCUCCAUACACGACAUUCGACGAGGCUUUCAAGAUCGAGAGACCAAAGUAUCACGACAUAUGGGCGGGCUUGCUGCUAAUUGCGGUCUUCCUGGGCUAUGUCGCUGUCUCCGGCUACACCAUUCACUCGUACGCAACGAACAAGGGCUUCAGCGGCGGUGGGAUCUACGAUGCCGGGAAUGACUUCUCUCUCAACACCAACACCCUGGUGCUCUUCGUCUUCGUACUCUGCGUCGCCUUGGCAUUCUCCUGGGCCUAUUUCAUGGGCGCACGCUACUUCACCAAGGCGUUCAUCUGGGCUACCGGGAUCCUGAACAUCGUCUUCGCCCUCGCAACCGGCAUCUACUAUAUCGCCGAGAAGGAAUAUGGCGGCGGCAUCGUGUUCCUCAUCUUCGGCGUCUUCGCGAUCGUCUGCUUCAUCAGCUGGAUCCCGCGCAUCCCUUUCACGGCAUUCAUGCUGCAGACUGCCAUGGACGUCGCCCGGCACCACGGCCACGUCUUCCUCGUCAGCGCGCUGGGCGGGAUCGUGACGGUGGCCUUCGGGGCGUGGUUCUCCGUCACUCUGGUCGCGAUUUAUGUCAAGUUCGAACCGGAUGCCGGAGGCACGAAUCCCGCCUGCGCGAAUGGCGGGUGUAGCACGGCGAAAGUCAUCGGGCUGGUCGUCUACGUGACGUUCGCCAUGUACUGGCUGAGCGAGUGGAUCAAGAAUACCGUACACACGACUAUCGCGGGCCUGUACGGGUCGUGGUAUUUCUUCAGCCGCUCGCCGCAGGGAAUGCCCAAGGGGGCUACCCGUGGCGCGUUCCGGCGCGCAACUACCUACUCCUUCGGCAGUAUCAGCUUGGGCAGUCUGAUUAUCGCGGUCAUCCAGAUGCUGCGCCAGGCGUGCUCGGUCGCGCAGCGCACGGAGGCGGGCGAGGGGAAUCUCGUCGGCAGCAUCUUGUUCUGGGUGCUGGGGUGUGUGAUUAGUUUUCUGGACUGGCUGAUCACGCUGUUCAACCGUUACGCGUUCUGCCACAUUGCCCUCUACGGCAAGGCGUACAUCCCUGCUGCCAAGGAUACGUGGUCGAUGAUGAAAGACCGCGGUGUCGAUGCCCUCGUGCAGGACUGUCUGAUGGGUCCUGUGCUAACGAUGGGAGCAACGUUUGUGGCUUACGUGUGUACCCUACUGUCUUACUUGUAUCUGCAGUACACCCACCCGGGCUACAACUCAAAUGGCGAGUUCACUCCCGUUGUGAUGGCCUUUGCUUUUGUGAUCGGCUUGCAGGUCUGUCAGGUCUUUCUGACUCCCAUUGGUAGUGGGGUGGAGACCAUUUUUGUUGCUAUGGGUUGGGACCCUCAGGUUAUCAUCAACGACCAUCCUGAUCUAUACUACAAGUUAGUUGAGUUGUACCCUCGUGUUCAGCAGGCUAUACAUGCUUGA